AAAAAAACAAUAAUGAUUCAAAUACAACAACUUCAACAGCAACAAAUAAUAAUCCUAGUAAUAAUAAAACAUUGAAACGAUCACCAAUAAAAAUCAUUGGUGUUAAAGAGCCACCAAAUUUGGUGCUUGAAGAAACAAAAACUCAAAAAAAAACUUUGCUGGAAGGACUAAAAUAUAGAUUUACAAAAGAAGGAAAUCUUGAAAAAAGAAAUGAAUUAAUCAAAGAAUAUAAAACUUCAUUUUUUAAAGAUUUCCAUCAAUUAAGAACAGAAGGUAUUAAAUUAUGGGAAGCUAGUACAGAAAUUAAUAAAUCAGAGGAUGCGUUGUAUAUGCCAAAUAUCAAAACAAGAUCAUUGUCAACUUCACAGGUCAACACUACAGAGUUAUUAAAAGGUCACACUUCUAUGGUUGUCAUGUAUUUUAAUAGAUUUGGACAGGAUCAAUCAAAAAGUUUCAUUAAACCAUUCCUUGAAACGUUUUCAAAUAACUCCAAAAUACAGUAUAUUGAGGACAGAUGA